UCUAUAAAAACAGCCGGAUCAUAAUUGUAUGACAUGUGGUUAAAUGAGGUUAAAAUAUUUACAUUUUAAAAAUUUAUUUACUCAUUCAACGAAAUGACUCGUUUUGCUCGAGCUAAAGGUUCAAAGGCCUCAAAUGAACGAUUACCAGAAGAUGGAACACAAUGGUCUGUUAUGAAACAACAAAUGGUACAAACCGAAAACGAAAAACGAGAAAUGGAAAAACGAAAGGAAUUUGAGAAAAAACGACAGGAAAACUAUCAAGCAUUUUUAGCCGAACAAAAACAACCGUUUACAGAACCUGCAUGGGCAGAAUUUUCAGAUAACGAAACAAAUAAUAAUGAAAAUCAAUCAAAAAAUAAGAUUGAUAAGAAGAAAGUGCAAAAAUUGAAGAAAAAUAAAGUUAAGGAGAAUGGUGAGGAAGUUAAGGAGAAUGGUGAGUCUGGAUCGCAUGAAGAAGUUGAAUCUAACACAAUUGAAUUGAAAACGAAAAAGUCUAAGAAAAAAAUGAAGAAAAAUUCAUCAAAUAAUGAAGAAUCAAAUGAAAACUCUAAUUUGGAUACGGAAAAUGAUUCGAAAAUUAAAUUAAAAACGAAAAAGUCGAAUAAAAAAUUGAAUGGAAAUAAAGUUAAGGAGAAUGGUGAGUCUGGAUCGCAUGAAGAAGUUGAAUCUAACACAAUUGAAUUGAAAACGAAAAAGUCUAAGAAAAAAGUGAAGAAAAAUUUAUCAAAUAAUGAAGAAUCAAAUGAAAAUUCUAAUUUGAAUACGGAAAAUGAUUCAGAAAUGGACGAUGACGAUACAAGUGCAAGUGAAAGUACUAAUUUGGAUGAAGAAGGAAUUGAUAAAUUUUGUAAUGAAAUCGAUUCAGAAGAAAAUGUUAAAUAUGAAAAAUUAACGAAAAAGAUUGAAAAAACUUUAAAUAAACUUGAAACAAAAGAAAAAUCAAAUACAAAAAAGCGAAAAUUAUCAGAAAAUGAUGAUAAUAUGAAGAAUAAAAACCAGAAGAAACAAAAAUCAAGUCAAAUUUUAACUGAAGAUUCCAAACCUGAAAAUAAUAAUCAGAAGAAAAAGAAAGGGAACUCAACAGUGGAAAACAAUAAUAGCUUGGAAAAUGGCAAAAAAACCAAAACAAAAAAGAAUAAGACGAAAAAUUUGGAUUCCAAAGUUAAUAGCCAAGAUAAUCCAAAUAUCAACAGUAUUGAGGAACAAAAUCAAGUAAAUAAUUCGGAAACUAAUGAAAAUAUGACGGAUUCCGAUGAUGACGCUCCAGUUGAAGAAUCAAUUGUACAUACCGAGCAAAAAAUCGAUUUACAAAUUAAAAAGAAAAAGCCUAAAAAGAAUAAAAAAUUGCAAAUUAGUAAUAAUAUCGUUACCGAAGAAAAUAAUGAUAACAAAUCUGAAGAAAAAUCAGAAAAUCAAAAACCGCGUAAAAAAGAAAAAAUGCGUCGAAAACCAGAACAAAAUCAAAAACAAUAUGUCUUAGUUAACGGCGAAAAACAAGAAAUUGUUAUGUAUUCUGGUUUUCCCGUAAAGAAAUCCGAUGCAGAACGUUUACAAAAAUUAAAAGAAGAAAUGAUCAAAAAAGGUAUACCUCGAAAUGAAAUAUUUCAUACGAUGAAAUUAGAACGACGUAAAGCGGAAAAAGCAUUAACGCGUGAUAAAAAGAAAGUUUGUUUUCAAUGUCGACAAGCCGGACAUUUAUUAUCAGAUUGUCCACAAGUUGGUAAUAAAGCGACAUCCCUGAUUGAAACCUCUGGAACUGGUAUUUGUUUCAAAUGUGGUUCCACGGAACAUACAAGUUUUAAUUGUCGUGUUGUUAAGGAUAACACAUACAAAUUUGCGAAAUGUUUUAUAUGCGGUGAACAAGGUCACGUAUCCCGUCAAUGUCCUGAUAAUCCACAAGGUUUGUAUCCGCAAGGUGGUGGAUGUCGAAUGUGUGGAGAUGUUACACAUUUGAAAAAGGAUUGUCCACAAUUUCAACAGAAACAAGAAGAAAAUACAAUUAAAUUAAAUACUAUAACGUCAUUUUCGAAUGUGGAAGAUGAUUUUCCCGAUAGUUCGAAAGUAAUUACAAAACCGAAUAUUGUUAAACCGAAAAUAGUUAAAUUUUGAAACUGUUA